UUUUGACGGAUUGCCGCUGUUUAAGAGUUCGUUGACUCAGUUCUGGCCAGUGUUAGGCAUGUUGCGUCACAAAGACUAUGUUUCCAGCAGGCCACUGUUAAUUGCUUUGUUCUGUGGUGAGACUAAACCCACUUCAUUGCAAGAGUAUCUUGGAGCCCUUGUUCAUGAAUUGACAAUGCUGAGAGAGGGAUUUGUCAUAGGCUCAAAAACCAUGUUUCUGAAGGUAAGUUCGGUCAUUUGUGAUGCUCCUGCUAGAGCCUUUAUCAAACAGGUGAAAGGCCAUUCAGGUUAUGCAGGAUGUGAUAAGUGUUUACAGCCAGGUGUUUAUGCUCGUCACCGCAUGACAUUCCCAGAGGUAAGUGCUGCUGAUAGGACUGAUGAGUCAUUUGCGAGGGGCACAGAUGAGGAACAUCACAUAGCAGUUUCCCCUCUACUUGAAGCAGGUAUCGGUAUGGUCAGUCAGUUUCCUCACGAUUAUAUGCAUUUGGUUUGUUUGGGAGUAAUGAGGAGGCUCUUAGAUUUGUGGUUUGGCAGUUCUGGUCCUCUUCGGUGUCGUCGUUCAGGUCGUGACAUGCAGGAGAUCUCUGAAAACCUGGUAAGUUUGAAGGCAUUCGUCCCAGUUGAAUUUGCUAGGAAGCCAAGGAGUCUGGCAGAAAGACUAAGGUGGAAGGCAACUGAACUCAGGCAGUUCCUUCUGUACACCGGUCCUCUUGUUCUUAGGGGUGUGUUACCUGAGGAAAUGUAUAACAACUUCAUGCUGCUGUCUGUUGCCAUCUCGAUUUUAGCCAAUCCCCGCCUUUGUUCAGCUCUGAAUGGUUUUGCGAAAAGGUUACUUGUGUCAUUUGUGGAGCACUUUAGUAAAUUGUAUGGUCCUGAGUUUGUUGUCUACAAUAUACAUGGGUUGAUUCAUCUUAGUGAUGAUGUAAAGAUUCAUGGUCAUUUAGAUGUGACCUCUGGGUUUCCAUUUGAAAAUUACCUGUGUACAUUAAAAAAAAAUGAUCAGGAAACCACACAGCCCUCUUACUCAGGUGAUCCGUAGAGUGUCUGAAGUUCACAACCAUAAACUUAGCGUUGAGGUUAAGUGGCCAAAAAUGCAAGUAAAUAUAGAGCAUAGAGAUGGGCCUGUACCAGACUUGUUUGAAGGGGAUGUUCUACAAUUCAGAGAACUGGU